AUGGAAACCGAGAACGACGUGGAAAGGCCUCCUGCCGCGCCCUUGUACCCCGCAGCCAACUGUUGCACCACGCCAUUGGCCCUUCAUGUUGCUGAAGGAGAUACGGAAGAGCCCCUCGCCUUCUCCACAGCUCCCUGUUCUUCAGACGAAGACAAAAGUGAAGAUGGUUCAUCAGAGUACCUCCCCGUACUGCAGCUUUCGAAUGGGCAGUGCUCUCACCAGUCGGCAGCAAUCGAUGACUGCAGCAGCAACAGCACGAACAGCCAUGUCGCCACCAAUAGCGCAGCACCCACAGCACAGAGAGAGGCAUGCACUGUAUCCUUAGCAAUAGGCCCGCAAGCCCCUCCUUCCCUCACAAGCAUGUCCUCUACACUCGAGGAACCCAUACCACAUGACUGCGCCAGUGGCUUAAGCAGCAGUGAGGGCUGUCCCAGUGGACCCUACAACAGCGGAAGUGAAACGCCUGUGUUUCUGGUGACUGAUCCGGCUGCCGAGACAAGCGAGGCGGACGGAGAUGACGAGGAAACCUCGCAGGAUACGAGCAGCCAGGCAACCGAAGAAGGGCCCCCGAACUCCGAAGCCUCGGGCCCCUCAAAGGGGCCGUUUCGCAUGCCAUCCUUUUCCGACAAUGCCUUUGACGUGCUAGACUGCAGCAGCGAGGGGCAUCUGCCUCACGUUGGCUCGGCAUGCCCGCUGGACACCUCUAGCAGUGUUGUGUCGCACGAUCUGCCAGAGACAUACCGGGAAGAAGGCAUCCAGGAGACCCCUCCUGUGAGGCUCGACGAGGUCCUGGGGGCCUUCCCCGCAGAGGGGGAAGAAACGCUGGUGUAUCCUAGCUGGGGGUCACUCGUGCGUGAGACAGUAAGCCCUGCACGCCCGGAGUACAGGGGCCCCCCCACCAGCAGCUUGGAAGCUCAUCGUUUCUUUUUAAGGAUCCAGCAGGAGCGCAGACGGAAGGACCUUGGGAUUGCCGAGGAGACUCCGCAGUCUCUAAGGAUCAAUAAAGAACGUAUUAGAGAGCCGGUGGCACGAAGGGAGCUACCCAGACCCGAGGGGGCGUUCAAGAGGCCUCCCAGGGGGGGCCCCCUAUUGGACCGACCAGAACCCGUCGGGCGCCUUAGUUUCAGCUCCACACAUCAGCCGCAGGGUUUGCGAUACGGAGAAGCGGCUUUUGUCAACACCUGCGCGCAGCAAAAACAACCAGAAUUCCCGAGAGGCCCCCCAGAUGUUCCCGCCGUAAGCCCCAGGACGCCUCGAGACACAGAACCCUGCGAAACCUUUCUUCCACUCCCUCAACCUUCGCGCCAUACAGGGGGCCACGCGGGGUCUCCCGGUGAAGCGUCAGAUAGAAGCUCUUUCGUGGGGUCUCAAAAUGUGCCUCCACAAGAUAUCCAAGGCGGCACCAAACACGCUCCGGCUGGACUUCGUUCUGAUCUACUCUGGCCAAAGGUAGAAGCCUGCAACGCGGACGCUGUAGAGAGCCCGCUAGAGGCUUGUACUGAGGGCCUUGUGGGGAAAUCUCCCAGAGAGACCCCCAUGGGGGCCUCUCUGGAGAGAGAGCAAGAGGCUCACUGCUGCUUAGCUGCGGUCUAUGAAGAAGAGGGUCAAGAGAUUACCCCCAACGGAGGCGACGAUGCGCCUUUGCUCUCUUUCACCCCUCGCACACCUGGCAGACACGAUAAUCAAGCUCUUCUGAGGAGGGCACCUAUCCCACAGGAUCCUAUGAGGAGGCCCCGCCAGUCACCCCUUCUCCUCGACAUUGGAGGCCCUCUGAAUAGAGACAGCUUUAGCCGGCCAUACACUAGAGGGGAACCUCCCUGCCAGCAGCCCUUUAGCUGGCAGCUUCCUGAGAAGGAAAUGUUCGAUCAUGAUGGAGGACACACGCAUCCAGGUACUCCACAUCUGCCGGGGAAACAAAAAGGCGGUGGUUGGGCCCCUCUUGAGGGAGACGCUUACGGAGACAGCCGUCGAGCGGCCUCCCAGGGAAACUUGGAGGAGACGCCUGAUGAGGUUGAAGUAGUAACUAUGGAUACCAAAGAAGAGGCGGCCAGCGACAGCCCUUGCGAGAAAAGUCGUGGAAGCCCUGAGGCAGCAGAUGAAGCGGGAGAGUACUUCCCUGUUCCUGGUGCAUCGGAGGCCCUUAACGAGUACGCAAUGGAGAAAGAGGACACAGGGGUCUCUGAAAAUCAGAACGCUUUUGAGAAGAUCCCUGAAACGAAGAAGGAGCUUCUUCAGAAGCCCUCACACCCACAAGAGGCCCCUAAAGCGCUCACUGUAGCACCGCUGGAGGCCCCACAGACGGCCCCUCUUCAGACCCCUCUACCUCACUUCCCGUUGCGCGUGGCGAAACAGAAGAGGCCUACGAUGACCCCUGACUUGGAAGCGUCUGCUAGUUUUUCUUCGCCGGAUACAUUACCUCCUUCCGGAAAGAACGCGUGUCAACUUCAGGAACAUGAGCAGCGGCAGCUUGAGCGACAAUCGGCACAGCUUGCGGGGCACGCCUCGGCAGUUCCCUGCUACGAUAUGCGCGUUGACGGCAGUCAAGCCAUGCCCAAGGGUGUUCCUGGAGGUCUCCAUUCUGCAGCGCCUACAGGGACAAACUAUAUGGCGGCUAUCCCCGGUAGCGAGCGCCCCGCCAUCUCUCUCGUUGGAAAACACAACCAGACGACCUCUCGGGAGAUGAUGGCUCAGGAGUCAUUCACGGGGACUGAAGAUCCCGAAAAUGUAUUGACCGCUACAGACACGUCUCUGUCGUACAGUCUUGGCUAUCCGUUUUCUCAUAUGGCAGCCACCGGUGCUGGGGAGACCCUCCAGGAAGAGAACCGUGCGACUUGGACCCCCGCAAAGAACGAGGGUUCCCUCUUUCAGCGGCAGAAACUAGAAGCCCUCUCUAGCAGCGAGGCUAACAACUGCGGUAGUCCUGAGAGGCUCACCUUACAGAUGGUUCGCCCAGAAAGCCCCUUCAGGGCAGCCGCGAUGUUCCCACCAGGUGGUGCUGGGGCCCCCCACUCAAACUCCUCACACAUGCAGCUGCCACAAAGCCCCUCGAUGACUGUGUCCGCAGAUUCCCCCUCUUCGGUGUCUACUCAAUUCGACGUGCCAGUAGGAGAUAAUCAGCAGACCUCUAGGGCCACAGAGCCGCUCGUGAUCCUCAAAAACCACGCUGCCGAGUGUAUGUACACCCAAUGCAACACUGCCCCGACGCUUGCAAAGGCUAGAACUUCCUACGGAAACCUGGUGCCCUCGAGUCUUACGGGGACUCUCCCGCUGACAGAGUCACUUCAAACUUUUAGGGAAUAUCCGGCACCCACUCGGCAUCAGCAGAGGGAGCUGCGAAUACACAGCGAGGAGCAGCUGGGGAUAUCUGGCGCUAUGCAGAUGCCGGUAGUCCCCCAGCAGAUGACAGCUGAAGCGCUCCGCAGUCCAAUAGCCCCCCUUCAGAGAAGUGUUUAUCGCAGGGAAGCCCGAGAGGAGGCUAGCGUGCGGCGGAGAUCCGUAGAGGCUUGGGUUGCAGCGCCUGUGACAGCAUCUGGAUUUGGGAGACCGCUUGGAAGCCGUAUGUUGAGGUCCACUUCUGUGCAGCAGCUGCACGAAGUGGUGCCUGUAGGGCCCUUUCUUUGCUGCGGAGAUUCCGAGGGCCCUUUCAAGAAAAACACCAAAAAAAGUCGUCUAGUGUCAAAAACAGCUACAACAGCAAACCAAUCACCAGCACAGCCGCAGGUCGGGGCCCUACAGUACGGCAAUCAAGGCUCCUGCAAGAAGAAACUGUUUUUGGGGGGUGCAUCGCGCAUAUUUGGAGGCAAAAAGAGACAAGGGGGUCUCCUCAGCAACGAAGUAUCCCCUCUGACUCCACGACCUCAUGUUGCAGCCUCCCAGGCACAACCAGUCGCCGUAUCGCCUACUGCUGUACGGCUACAAAUACCCCAGAAGCCCCUACUCAUUCGCGCAUUGAAAGGUUAUCUAACCGACCCAACGGCUGACAUGUGCCUCCCUGUCCCUUCCCCUCCACGUGGCCCAGUGGGAGAGGCCUUGCUACUAACUGGAAAGGCCCUCAGGGUGGCGGGUGCCCGCCUUGCUUCUGGCCUAGGCACCCUUAUUAAAGAGGUAGGGGCAGCGGUAGCUGAAGAGACCAUCGGCAUUCUCAGAAACAGCAUUGAAGUUAUGCAGCAACCAGACGCAGGGCACCAAAUUUCCCAUCAGUGGAGUCACCGAGGGCCUUCCACAUGGAGGCCCAUCGAGCCCUUACAUUUUGGACACGAGGAGCCUCUACCACAUCGGGACGCAGUGCUCACAAAAAAAGACUUAGACAGGUCAGCGAUUGGCAAUCAUUGCGAGUUACAAUUUGAAAAGGCGCUCUCAGCUGGCGGGAACCGCUUAGGACUUAGUAGGGACAAUACGGGGACUGAGGGUGGGGCCCCUAUUCCCAUGACGGACGGGUCCCCUCACACUGACGUGGUCCUCAUGCAUAGUCAGGGGGAGGAUAUGGACCUCCUGAUGGGACACGUGGACCCCAAGGAUGAAAUCGUGGAGUCCCACUAUGCGGCAGUUCCCGGUCUAAAUCACCCAGAAGAGCCCCCUGCGGCUGAUAUCACUUCCCCACAGCACAUAGCGUCUCCCCAAGUACCUCAAGACAACCAGCCAAAGCGGCAGGAUAUGACCGAGGAGGUGGACCAUUCCGAGCACGAGCAGCCGCUGCAGGAGGAUGCGGACGAUUAUCAGAGUAGCCCAAAAGUGCAACGGGCCGUAUUGGUCAAGCCUUUUCCUCCCUUGCCUCACAUGCCCACAGAAUGCCCCUUAGAAGGCCUCCCGGAAGACGUCAGAAAGGACCCCGAGGUUUCAGAAGCAAAGCGAGAGGCUGGCGAGAGACUGGCAUCACGAUGGCGCAGCCCCCAUCGAUUGAGCUACACAGGUGGAGGGUCUCGAGGGACGCUCCUCCCCAGGACUCCGUAUGAAGAUCUCCAUUUCUAG